AUGUCCGGAGCCGCGAGAGUUCUAAAGUAUAUGUGGCACAGGCUCAACAAGAAAGGCUCCAAGUUCAACCACAAAGUGGCUGAGCAACUUAUCCAAGACACGGUGAACUACGAUUUGCAGCAGCCAUAUGGUGAUCAGCUCAGGAGAGCAACUACUGUGGAAGAAGUGGACACUCCACACGAAAGCAAGCACAUAAUCGAUGGUCAUGUCUACGUCGACCCGAUGCAUGCCAAGUUCAAGCUUAGGAACGAGAAGGACAAGAGAAUAACUACUGCGCAUUACUAUUACCCGGAGCCUCUCGGUGGCAGGCAUGUCUGGUAUUCUAAGGAAUCCCUUAAUGGAGGCGCCUCGUCUAGUGCCUAUUGGGUCUACGAAGGCCCAGUGGAUCAAGCGAGCUCCUCAAGGAAAGGAAAGGAGAAGUCCAAGAAGUGA